UCACCGCUUCUGGGUGUCUCGCACCUCCAAUCCACCAGCAUGGCAAAGAGCCUCUCGGCACCUCCCCAGCCCACUCCCUCGGAGCCAAAGACAGUGAGCGCAAAGCACCUCGCGACUCGCCCGCUCCACCCAGUCUUCGCGGCCAACUACACGCUGGGCGAUGAGCUGGGCAGCGGCGGUUUCGGCUUCGUUGUGAGCGCGACGCGCAACGAGGACUCGCUGCCCGUGGCCGUCAAAUUCAUCUGGAAGACCAAGGUCCCCUCUCACGGAUGGGUGCGCGACCCUACGCUCGGCGUCAUCCCGCUCGAGGCAUUUGUGCUGCGCGUCGUGGACCACCCGUGCGUGGUCAAGUUUCAUGAGCUGUUCGAUGAUGAGGAGUUCUUCUACCUUGUGAUGGAGAUGCACGGUACUCCGUGGAAGGCGCCAGAGGGGGAUGCGCCCGCUGCCCCACUGGCCAUCUACGCACCAGACAGCAGCGAGCCAGUCCUCUCUGCCUCGCCCAGCGGAUCCGACUCCCUCUCUCUUCCCCCACCCUGCUCGCCCACCCCCUCCUCCUCCUCACCAUCAAGCGACGGCACCACCACCAGCGCCACCACUACCGCCAGCACGAAUCUCAAAGUCCCGCCUCGCCCCGCCCCCAUGUCUCGCCGCACCUCGCGCGACCUCUUCGAAUGCAUCGAGCAGCACUCCCGUUUCCCCGAGUCGCGCGCCGCAUGGGUCUUUGCCCAGAUCGUCGAAGCCGUCUACUACCUCGACAAGCUGGGCAUCGCGCAUCGAGACAUCAAAGACGAGAACUGCGUAAUCGACUCGGAGUGGAACGUCAAGCUCAUCGAUUUCGGUUCGGCGGUCAUCUCUGACCCGCGCAAGCCUGCGCCCUACUUCAAUCGCUUCUUCGGGACGAUGACCUUCGCCUCGGCGGAGAUCCUCAAUGGGCAGCAGUAUCGUGCCCCGCACGCUGAGGUGUGGUCACUGGGCGUGCUACUCAGCAUCCUGCUGAGCGGGGAAUGCCCCUUCUCCGACCCUUCGGCGGCGAAGAGGGGUAGGAUCUCCUCGCGGGUUAAAGGGAGCUGGUCCCCCGCUGCUUUGGAUUUGUUGGGUGGGUGUGUUCAGGUCGACCCGGAGAGGAGGGCGACUAUCGAGCAGGUGAGGGAGCAUCCAUGGGUU